AUGGCCAGAGCAUCUGGAUCCUCACCUGGCAUUGGUUCUGCUGCUUUCCUAUUGGUGGUAGGAAAUGCUUCCACCCACCUGGUGAACUUGUCAAUUAUCACCAGGCAGUAUCUUUCUUUUCGCUCUCCCUAUGAAAUCCAUAACAAGGUCAAGGGUCCUUUUGGAGUGGAGAACUUCCCUGGUUACAGUGGAGUGGGGAACUUCCCUGGUUACAGUGGAGUGGGGAACUUCCCUGGUUACAGUGGAGUGAGGAACUUCCCUGGUUACAGUGGAGUGGGGAACUUCCCUGCUUACAGUGGAGUGGGGAACUUCCCUGGUUACAGUGGAGUGGGGAACUUCCCUGGUUACAGUGGAGUGGGGAACUUCCCUGGUUACAGUGGAGUGGGGAACUUCCCUGGUUACAGUGGAGUGGGGAACUUCCCUGGUUACAGUGGAGUGGGGAACUUCCCUGGUUACAGUGGAGUGGAGAACUUCCCUGGUUACAGUGGAGUGGGGAACUUCCCUGGUUACAGUGGAGUGGGGAACUUCCCUGGUUACAGUGGAGUGGGGAACUUCCCUGGUUACAGUGGGGAACUUCCCUGGUUACAGUGGGAACUUCCCUGGUUACAGUGGAGUGGGGAACUUCCCUGGUUAACUUCCUGGGGAACUUCCCUGGUUACAGUGGGGAACUUCCCUGGUUACAGUGGAGUGGGGAACUUCCCUGGUUACAGUGGAGUGGGGAACUUCCCUGGUUACAGUGGAGUGGGGAACUUCCCUGGUUACAGUGGAGUGGGGAACUUCACUGGUUACAGUGGAGUGGGAAACUUCCCUGGUUACAGUGGAGUGGGGAACUUCCCUGGUUACAGUGGAGUGGGGAACUUCCCUGGUUACAGUGGAGUGGGGAACUUCCCUGGUUACAGUGGAGUGGGGAACUUCCCUGGUUACAGUGGAGUGGGAAACUUCCUUGGUUACAGUGGAGUGGGGAACUUCCCUGGUUACAGUGGAGUGGGGAACUUCCCUGGUUACAGUGGAGUGGGGAACUUCCCUGGUUACAGUGGGGAACUUCCCUGGUUACAACAGUAA